CGGAGGUUUUAUGAAGAAGGUAUGAUGACUUUUGUGAUAUCUCUACUUUGUCCUUCACGAACGGCACUUACAAAGCUAAGACGGCCGCGUCGUCUUCAAGGGCCCUGAGAUCUCCCCGAUGUCUUCCUCUGGCGUUGUAUCUAAAAAGCUCAAGUUCAAGGGCGACAAGCCGAAGAAAAAGAAGAGGCAUCAUCGAGAGGUUGAGGACGAGGAUGGAGACGUAGAAUUUCAAGCCAUGGCUUCUGCUGAUCCGAAGGGUUGGAUAUUCCCUAGCGAGCCUGUGGAAGUUUCUGGACCCGCUUUCAUCCUCUUGCCGACUGAACCCUUGACUUGCCUUGCUUACGAUCCUCAGAGGCAACGGGUCAUUGCUGCUCCUGUUGAGAUCCCUGAAGCCCCGGAGGGAAUGGACGAUCUUUCGCCUUCUGAGGUUCUGGCUGUGGUUGAGCCAAGCGAUAUCAAUCACGUCUGGGUCGCUUCUCGUCUCAGUGGAAGCGAAGAGGUCAUCUCGCUACGGACCACAGCCGGCACAUUCCUGACUGCUUCCCCGUCUGGAGUCUUGACGGCAGUCGUGGCCUCUCGUGGUCCUUUGGAGGCUUUCAAACCUAUGCCGGUCAGCUCAUCUUCACCAUUCCCAUCUUUUUCCCUCUGGACCAGCUCCGAGAAGUACAUCUCUGUCACUCCUGGACCAUCUCUAGGAGGCAAGAUCGAGCUCAGAGCAGAUUCAGAAAGUGUGGGCGAAAGGGAAUCAUUCAGGAUCAAGUGUCAGCGAGAGUUUGUCCUCAAAGCCAAGAUGGGUACAGAGGGGGAGAAGGGGAAACGGAGGAUGGGAACAAUUGGAGGAGGAGGAGGAGCUGCUGCUGUCGGUGGAUCAGUGGAAGAUGAAAUCAAGCGCAAUAAACAGGCUCAGACGUGGGGUGCGGGCCGUGUCGUUGUUAGCGAUCAGGAUCGGAGUGAGCUCAAGCGGGCAAAGAAAGAGGGCAGAUUGGCAGAGGCCAUGCUGGAUCGUAGGGCCGCCCUCAAGAGUGACCGGUAUGCCAAAUGAGCGACCAGUGCGGCGAGGUUUUGUACGGCGAGCAUGCCCCAACACACUCUGUA